GUUAUCCCCGUGCUCACUUGUAUGUAAACAAAGUUCGGCGUUUGAUCAGCUUUGACGUUUGAAUGCGAGAAAAAAAGCUUUACGUGCUCAGGAUUGUCCAGCAAGAGGAACAAGAAGCACCUAGAACGGUACCUCAAGGCGCAGACAUAGGGUGCAAGACCCCACGAUAAUGAAAAUUAAGGAAGGCUUCAGCUGCAGAAAACAAAGAAGCCAUGGCUACAAGGUAUUCCGUCAAGAACUUCUCUCUGGCAUCUCUUCUGUCUUACUGGAAACCAUUGCACUGAACACAUGGGCACUCAACGCAGAUCUCUCUCCUGGGAACAGCACAAAACGUGUUUACUUCUGAUUAAGGAAGAACCAAAAGAUUCUUGUGUGCUCGUGACAUCAAGUUCCAGGCCUUCGGACCUACAACGGUGACAAAUGGAGUUCUCCCCAAAGUUCACCUAUCAGCUCACGAGAGUAAAAUCGGAACCCCCUGAUACUGCGUGCCUAACAGAACAGGGCCAGGAGCAGCAACAGCACUGCAGCGAAUCUGCUUUAGAAGCUGAUGGGGUGACAGCUGGGAUGUUGUGCCACAUUAAACAAGAACCCUCAGACGACUCUUCAAAUGAUCAGCAGAUCAUAGAAGUGAAAACAGAACCUUACAACACUGCAAUUCCUAUGGAACAGGACCAGACGGGACACUGUCAUGACCCAACAUCAGAAGAUGCAACAGCCAGCACUGGGAUUAUUCGUAUCAAGGAUGAGCUCAACGACAUUUGUGAUCCUUUCUCUUUGGGUUGCUGCUCUUCAAGUACACAGUUCACCAUCAACACAACAACAGACAACUUUGUCCCAGUCACUGUGAACGAUCAUACCACAUAUUCUGAUCACAGGCACGAUGCUCCAGACCAGAGAAACACUCCAAAGGAAGGCCAGUUUGCAUCUCGGACCUCCGAGCCCCUGAAAGACAAAAAGCACACGUACAAUGAUGUUUGCCACCUGGAAGUUGAGCUCAAAACUCGCAAAGCGAGGACACUUAGCUGCGAUACAUGUUCUGCUACGUUCCGUCACAUAUCAACUCUGCGACUGCACGCGAAACUGCACACGGGUGAAGCGUCGUACAAGUGCUCGCUAUGUACACUUGCAUACGUGUCGCAGACCAGCCUGAAAUGCCACAUGCUCGAACACGCAAGCAACGAACCUGAACAGCAUCUCAUUGAGUCGAAGGAUGGGGAUAGCCUCGUGUGCGACAGCGGGUCAGCUACACUCUCCUGUUCUGAGAGUGUCAGGAACCACUGGAAGAUGCACACUGACAAGAAGCUGCACAGGUGCAGCUUCUGUCCUGCAGAAUUCAGCCAGAACACGCAACUGCGGCGUCACAGACAGACACACACGGGUGAGAAGCCACACAAGUGCAGGCUUUGUGCUGCCACGUUUGCCCGCCCUGGACACCUGACGAACCACAUGCGGACACACACGUACGGGAAGCCAUGCAAGUGUAAGUUCUGUCCCGCAGAAUUCAUCAACCUGUACAGCCUGAGGAACCACGAAAGGACUCACACCGGCGAAAAGCCAUUCAAGUGCGACAUCUGUCCUGCAGAGUUCAGCCAGAACACGAACCUGCGGCGUCACCAGCGGACACACACGGGCGAGAAGCCAUACAAGUGUGAUCUGUGUCCUGCAGAGUUCACCCAGAUGCACCACCUGAAGGAUCACGUACGGGUUCACACAGGUGAGAAGCCGUACAAGUGCGAUCUCUGUCAUGCAAGGUUCAUCCGGAGAACGCACUUGAAGCGUCACGAAGAGAUACAUGCGAAAGAGAAACCCUACAAGUGCAGAUACUGUAGUGCUACGUCUGCCCACGAGGACCACCUGCCGCACCACACAGACACUCACCAUCGAGUAGCCAUAUGAGCAUCUGCGGAUCACGAACCCUGCAUGGACCUGAAGCAUCACAGACAUACCCACAUGUGAGAAACACUGAAGGUGUCAACGCUGUGCUGGUGCAUGUCCCCGACUUGGAGACCUGAGGACACACCUAGAACCUGUACUGAUGAAAACUGUGUCUUAUUUCAUUAGUGUCAUAACUGUGUCUUAUUAAUCAAUUUUUCCUUUAAAUUUUUUUCUCAUUUGAUUUCUUCUUUUAUUCAUACUGUUCAUUCAUACUCUGUUGACGUUUAUUCAUACUUUACAAGCUUGUUACAUGAGAGGAAACAAUACAGCACAUAGCACGAAAAUCACAACUUGAAGCAACAUACUCAGCUGCUCAACAGGGUAAUAUAGGAAACAAGAGGAAAAGAAACGUAUAGAUAUCAACUCCCAUAACUUAAUUCAACUCACAUAGCAAGCUCCAUUGCACCAUGGAUUUUAUACUUUUUAGGCCCUUUCAUUAUGCGACUCCCCUGCCUCGGACGUCUCUUUGACCGUCAUAGCCAACCUUGCGAUACUUCCAAUUUCUCUAGAGCCAAAUAAGUUGUGUCCUCGUGUUUCCCUAUCUCUCAAGAGGUGCUACAUUAAAAUUCACUCAAUUUCACUUGUAUUUUAUACUUUUUAGGCCCCUUCACUAUGCAACUCCCAAAGUCCACUUGAUCAAACGUCACAUCCAAAGUCAUGGAGAGUACCUAGAAAAUCGUCUGUGUAGUGUUUUACAAUGAAGGUUACGGAUAGGUUACACAUUCCUUGCACACGUUUUUACUCUACAGAGAGGAGCCGCCUCAAUGCAUUCAUUGUGAUGAUCGUCUCUCUCUUCUAAUCACAUGUUCACACCACGAAACUCAUCGUCAGCAUCAUUUUAAAAAGUUUUCUACAUAUUUUUUACCUCUUCACCCAGCAGUGUUGCUUGGUAAUGAGGCUAUCAUUCCUUUCAGAAAAGUUUUAAUUUCUUUAAGUGACAUUGGAAUUGUAAACCUUUUGUUGUUUUAGACUGUCAUUUUAUAUAAGUAUUACUUCUCUGCUUCUAUUAAACAUCUAGA